AUGGCUGCAGUCGUCGCUCUCGAUGCGUUUGACCCGGAAGGCUCCAAAUACCUGCAUCAGGUCUUUCCCGAUGUAAUCGAGCAAGGACACCCGCUGCACGCAACUUGGACAGAGCAUGCCGUGGGCCUAUUCGUUGCGAAGAGUCGAGUCACUCGUGAGAUGAUUAGCAAGGCGAAGAAGUUGCGGAUCAUUGUCCGCCAUGGUACUGGUUACGAUAACAUCGACGCUGAAGCGUGUCGAGAGCACGGGGUUAUUCUUUGUUACUGCCCCGGAAUCAGUGCGAUGAACGUGGCAGAAGUGGUGUUGGCUCUCACGGGCGCCUGUGCCAAGAAUCUGAUCGAAGUGUCACGACAACUUCGAGCUGGCGAAAAACUGAACAAGAAGUUCAAAAGUCUGUACUCUGCCGCAUUGCUAACGGGGAAGACCUUUGGUAUCGUUGGUGGUGGCACCAUAGGACAGCUGGUAGCGAAGAACGUUGGCGCCUACGAAGGCAAUUUGAUAGUCUAUGAUCCCGCUUUACCGGCACAAAGUUGGGAGGCCCUCCCUCACACCCGCGCUGCUUCGCUGGACGAGAUACUCCCUCAAGUGGACGUGCUAUCGAUCCAUGUUCCACUUCUAUCAGCAACAAGGGACAUGAUAGCCGCGCCGCAGCUGAGAAUGAUGAAACCCACGGCUGUCUUGAUCAACACAGCGCGAGGCGGUGUCGUCAAUGAACCAGAUUUAUGGGAUGCAUUGAGGAACAACAUCAUCGCCUCUGCAGGAGUCGAUGCUUGGGUGAAGGAGCCGCCGACGAAAGAGGACUAUGGGCAUGUUUUGGAAAUGGACAACGUUGUGACAACGCCGCACAUCGGCGGCUCUCCUGCUGAAAUACAAACGGCAACUUGUCGCGCCAUGGUCGAUCGUAUGAAGGAAGCAUUGAUUGACGGGGUAAAGCCGAAGGACCGGGUAUGCUGA